AUGAACAGAGCGAUUGGUGUACCUACACGAUCCGCUAGUGUCAGCACAGCGUUUAGGUUUGCUGAUCUUGCGAUACGUAGCGCAGAUAUCGGGAGCGAGAGUGAAGUCUUCUUACGAACUAUACGGAUUGUUCGUAACGAUCUCUUCGAGGUUGAGCGAUUAGUAGCCGUUGGCUCAGUGCGGACAAAACUUGCAUAUACACCCGGGAGACUUCCUUGGAUCAGAAGCGCUAUCGAGAACACUACCUCUGCAUUGGAGGAGAUCGGGAAAUGGGUGGAUCGCGGCGACGUCGGGCAGAAUUCUAAUAUCUUGGAUCAAUCUCAGAAACUACGAUUUAUUCUUGACGACCGUGAACGACUAGCGGACCGCAAAAGCGAACUUAUGGCGUGUCAUCAGCAACUGUCGAACGUACUGAGCUUCCUCAACCGCCUGGAAGACCUACCGACUAGCAAAGAGCUACCAACCUAUCAAGAUACCACCUACUUCGACGAUAUCGUGUCGCGACAUAAGAGAAUAGUCAGUCAGCAUCAACUGGAAGACACAACAGUCAGAGUGAUGAAGGACAACAACGCCCAUACGGCCUGGCGCGAUGCUGCCGACAGGGCCGAGCCGAUAAACAAGACCUCUCUCCAUCCCGAAGCAUUUUAUACGCAAGAUAUAUGGACUACGGAUCCGGUGCAGUCGGCUUCGCAGCUAUUGGGCGGGUAUAAAGAAACAAAGUCGAGCUACUCCACGUUGGGCUACACCAACUUCGACAAGGGAUACCCGUCACCUCCCAGUCUACCAAAUAGUCCGCCUCCUACCUAUGCAUCGGCUGGGCAGCAACGUCCCCGCUCACAAACAUCUCAAGGAGAUAUCAAGCAGCGUUUCGAUACUGAAUGCUUGAGACAUAAAAGUUCGCGGCUGUCAAUGAGGAAAGUGCCCGAUGACGUAUCUACGACGCCGUUAGUCCAAACGGAUACAUGGGCUUACAUGCAUCCGGGGAGGCACCAAACCAUCGCUGAACUGGCAGGCGACUAUUCCAUGAGUGGCACAAAUUCAGAUGGACCUGUCAACCCCCAUGCCUUUCAAUCUACGAUGCCAGCGCUAGCGCCAGGAUCUAACGUCGUCCAUGACAAGAAGACUGAGACACUGUCAGAGUUGCUAGGGGAUACAAGUCUUGCUAUAGAGCUUCCUGGCAGUGUUCCAAUUCACCCAUCAAGUCACAGCGCGCGUUUAAGUCGGGAUUUAUCACAACUCCCUAGCCAGAGAUCGCGUGCGACUCAAAAUAGUAAUGGGUUUCAGACAUCACUAUCCGAAUUACCUGCUACCCCGACACGCAGACCUAUAUUUUCGCAUACCGUCAGUGAGCCAAUCGUCAUCUCCAACAAAUCAUCAAACCCGCUGCCAGCAUUGGAGCUCGACUCUGAACCAUCCCACACAAACUACCGCGAAGCCGAUCUUAACAAGGGCGAAUCAGUAUGCCUCGACCGCUGCGUAUCCAAGUUCUUCGAGGUCAAUGUCAAGGUUAGCGAGAAGAUGCAGGGCGAGGCACAAGGAAAGCAGGGUGGUGGAGGUGGUAUGUUCGGUGGUGGAAUGUAA